CAAGUUCGGAUUACAUAAGCAUUUUUCAUCUCCGAAACGCGCCGAUUGGAUGACGCGCCGGUGGCUGAGAUGUGCAAUGGCUGAGGCUCAUCGCUCAUAGCUGACUUGUACUUCUAUCUCUAGUCUAGAAAACAUAUCUACUGCAGGGUCCCUGAUUUUGCAGAGUUGUUGUACAUAUUCAUGCAUUGGAAUUAUACCCGACAAUGAUAAGUCGUGACAAUCAUAUCAUGAACAGCCCACUGAAGAGUCGAAGGCUCUUACUGGGUGCUGCUCGCCAGAUGUCGACAUGUUGUACCCUUACAGUACGUGCCUCCCUCUGCAGAGCAUCAUCAGAAGAGAAGCUCACUGGACAUGAGGACGUCGCGACAAUAUUGAUUGGCCCGGUGCAGGUGCCUACGACGCCACUCUCGGCGAACUCGUUUUGUCUGACAGCGAAGACAUUGGCAUCUGCUGUCCGUUCCCUGCUUGAGCGUAUGACUGAAUCACGCGUUGCAGGGCGGACAAUUGCUACGUCCACAAGUGACAUUGUGAAGGUCCGCCAUGUUUUCCAUUCCUCUGACAGAUGUCAUGGCUCACAAAUUCGAACAAGAAACGGGAGCGCAUCUUCUGCAACACCGACCUCUUUCUCUCGCAAUGAGUACAGGCCGCAGCUAUGCUUUGUCCCCGUUGCUCCCUGCAUGUGUUCUGCCAUUCGGCACGGCCGGUGCCGUUCAGUCCGUGGCACGACCUCACAUUUUUGAUCACAGCCAUUCACCCGUGAGUUUCGAUUUCCCAAUUCCACUUCACGGCCAUGAUCGCUCCCUGUUAGCGCCCCCCUAACCGACCAGUCCCAGGCCCACGGGCCACCAAUGGGCCAUCGACUCCAUCUUCUACUCCGUCUUCGCGGUCGCCGAGACGCUUGGCUCCUCGAACCACUAGUACAACAUCGAUCUCG